AUGCUUUCUGCUAGAACUAUCAGAGCAGUUGCAAGCAAAGCCUUGUCCUGCGGCCUUGUUAGAGCUCUUCCAAGAGCUGCUAGAGUUGCUACACCAUUUGUCAGAAAUUACGCCGCUAAGGCUACCCCAACUGAGGUCUCUUCUAUCUUGGAGUCCAAGAUCAGAGGUGUUUCUCAAGAGGCCAACUUGGAUGAAACCGGUAAGGUUUUAGCUGUUGGUGACGGUAUUGCUCAUGUUUACGGUCUUAAGAACUGUCAGGCUGAGGAGUUGGUCGAGUUUGCAUCGGGUGUUAAAGGUAUGGCCUUGAACUUGGAGCCAGGUCAGGUUGGUAUUGUGUUGUUUGGUGGUGACAGAGAAGUCAAGCAAGGUGAAAUUGUCAAGAGAACAGGUAAGAUUGUCGAUGUUCCUGUUGGACCAGCCAUGUUGGGAAGAGUUGUUGAUGCUUUGGGAAACCCAAUCGAUGGUAAGGGACCAAUCGAAGCUGUUGGACACAGAAGAGCCGAGCUUAAAGCACCAGGUAUUUUGCCAAGACAACCAGUUCGUGAACCAGUGCAAACUGGUUUGAAAUCUAUUGAUGCCCUUGUUCCUAUCGGAAGAGGACAGAGAGAGUUGAUUAUUGGUGACAGACAAACCGGUAAGACUGCUGUUGCCUUGGACGCUAUUUUGAACCAGAAGAGAUGGAACAGCGGUAAGGAUGAGAAGAAGAAGUUGUACUGUGUCUACGUUGCCAUUGGUCAAAAGAGAUCGACCGUCGCACAACUUGUCCAGACUUUGGAGCAACACGAUGCCUUGAAAUACUCCAUUAUCGUUGCCGCCACCGCUUCUGAGGCAGCUCCAUUGCAAUAUUUGGCUCCAUUCACAGCUUGUGCUAUUGCUGAAUGGUUCAGAGAUAACGGAAAGCAUGCCUUGAUCGUCUACGAUGACUUGUCCAAGCAGGCCGUUGCUUACAGACAGUUAUCUUUGCUUUUGAGAAGACCUCCUGGAAGAGAAGCUUAUCCUGGUGAUGUCUUCUACUUGCACUCCAGAUUGUUGGAGAGAGCCGCCAAGAUGGGUGACAAGGAAGGCGCUGGUUCUUUGACUGCUUUGCCAAUUAUUGAGACUCAGGGUGGUGAUGUUUCUGCUUAUAUUCCAACGAAUGUCAUUUCCAUCACUGAUGGUCAGAUCUUCUUGGAGGCUGAAUUGUUCUACAAGGGUAUCAGACCAGCCAUUAACGUCGGUUUGUCUGUUUCCCGUGUCGGUUCCGCCGCCCAGGUUAAGGCCAUGAAGCAGGUUGCUGGUUCCUUGAAGUUGUUCUUGGCCCAGUACAGAGAGGUUGCUGCCUUCGCACAGUUCGGUUCCGAUUUGGAUGCUUCUACCAAGAAGACCUUGGUUAGAGGUGAGAGAUUGACCCAGUUGUUGAAACAGAAGCAGUACCACCCAUACGCUGUUGAGGAAGAGGUUCCAGUUAUCUACGCUGGUGUCAACGGUUUCCUCGAUAAGUUCCCUGCCGAAAGAGUUCCAGAGUUUGAAGAAAAAUUCUUGGCCUACUUGAAGGCUGAGCAUAGCGGUAUCUUGUCUAACAUUAGAGAGAACGGUGCUUUGAAAGAUGCCGACUUUGCCAACUUGAAGAAGGCUACUGAGGACUUCGUUGCCACAUUCUAA